UUAUAAAAUGUUGGCAACACUUAACAAUGUGUUUCCAUGACAACAAGUCGUAUCUCCAUGAAAGAUACAUAGACUUUUGUAAAUAUCGUAAUCAUCGUGAUUGUUAGAAACUGUUGUCAUUGAAAUGUGUUAAUAAAAAGUAUCAAAAUGUACAAAGUGAAGCUAUUAGUUGUUGGUCCAUGUGAGUGUGGAAAAACUGUGAUAUCAAAUUUUCUUGCUGAUGCUACAGAAACUAUAUCCAAUGAAUAUUCUCCCACACAAGGAGUCAGAAUUCUUGAAUUUGAAAGUGACAAUUUAAACAUCAAUGGAAGAAUUGGAAAAGCUGAAGUUGAAUUAUGGGACUGCAGUGGAGACACUAAGUUCGUUUCAUUGGGUUCCAAAGGGUGUGUCAUAGCCCUCUUGUAUUCUAUAAUAAUGACAAUCCCUUUCUUUUUCAGGUAUGCAAAUUUUGUUCAAACACAAGGAUUGAAAGAUAGUCAAUGUAUUGUGUUCUGUCACAGAAAACCCAAUACACAUGACACACGUUCUUCAGAACUUUCUAGUCUCUUCUCGAGGAUCACGUGGGUACAGACGAACAUCGAGGAGAAUGGAAACUCCCUUCGCCGAGAGUUCAACAGCUUCCUGCAGAGACUCCUCAGCAACAUCAGUGAGAGACGAGACCAGGAAGAGCUUAGCAUCCUCAACCAACAACACUAAAAACAUAUAACAAUUUGUUGCUUUGUAAAUAGGAAUCCUUGUUUUGAAUUGCAUUUUGAAACUCACAAAUACGAUUUUUUUCUUCUU